GAUUAAUGAUAUAAAAACUAUUUUAUAACACGUAUUUUACUCUACUCUAAUAAAAUUAUUAGUUAAUUAACAUUGAAACCAAUUAUAUAGUCGUUGCAAAAUUUCUGUUAUUUACAUGAUUAAACCGGGAAACUGUAGUAUAAAUAUUGAUUUCUUAUAGCCUAGGGUCAUCAUUCAAAUUUAAGUACUAACAAGAUGAGGACUUCACGUAUUUGUUUAAUCUUACUACCGAUGUUGGUAGUUCAGAUUUCAUCUGAAAUUACUGAACUAGAUAAAGUAUUAAAUAAGAUUAAAUCAUCUGCGGUUGAGACUGCAGCAGCGCCUUUCCAAGAUAUACUAGAUGAAAUACGAACGAAUCCAGAUAUAAAUAAUUUCUUGAAAGAAUAUAUACAUAAAGUAAAGAGAGUUAUGGAAGAUACCCAAGAGGGCUUGUUUAAUUUGUUACCAAAAGAAGAGAGAGAAAAAAGGGAAAAAAUUCUUGGAUACUUGUCACUUUAUGCAUCAUCAGCACUUUCGAGAGCAGCAAAAGGUGUAACCCACGUAACGAAUACAUCUUUUGAUACAUUACCGGAUGAUAUUAAAACCAAAUUACUUGACUUAGGAAACGAUAUUAAUGAUUCUCUAAGAAAAAUAAAGGUUACCAUUGAAAAUAAUUCAAAAACAUCACAAAAAAAUCCCAAAUAAUAAUUCAUACUUAUUACUUAAUCAAAAAUAAUUGAAUAAUGUCUAGUUGAUUUGGUAAAGAACAAUUCAACGUUAACUUUUAAAUUAUAAUGGAAUACAUUAAAAUGAACUACAUCCAUUUAUUACCUAUACUAUAAGAAAUACG